UUGUAUUACUCUAAAUAUUCUUCAUCAGAAUUUCCCCCCAAGAAGUAUCCAACACAGAACAUCUUUUUUCUUUUCAUCCCCACAACACAAGUUUCCCGCUCUUGAAUACCCUCCAAAGCAGCAAACUAGUUACCAUAUAUACCUUCAAAGAACAAGACCAUCACUAUUACUUCACAGUUCAUAAAGGUUACAAGUCCAACAUGGGAAACUGCUUGUUGGGGGGCAUGUCAGAUCCUGAUACAAUAAUCAAAGUCACAACAUCUAAUGGUGGCAUCAUGGAAUUCUAUGCUCCUAUUACUGUGAGUUUCAUCACUAGCGAGUUCCCGGGGCAUGGCAUAUUCCUAAGCCAUGACCUAUUUUGCAAACCACUUAGCCAAUUUGAUGAGUUGGUGGCAGGACAGUCAUACUACUUACUGCCACUUAACAACCAACCUGAACACCCUUCUGCCUCCGGCCACAUCGGUGGCGACAACCGAGCCAUUCGGCUAGGCCAUGUUCGAUCUCAUAGUGUUCCUACAACACCCUACCCUCCCCCAUAUAGAAUGUCCUUGGACUACCAACACCAUCAAGGAAUGAGGUUUCUCAACAAAACCUCCACAGAACCUUUCUCUUGUAGGACUAGUACUAUUAAAAGGAGCAAAAUUACUACUAGUAGUAAAAGGAGCAAAAUUACUAGUAGUAGUAAAAGCAGCAGGUUCUGGAAAGUGAAGCUUGUGAUAACUCCUCAACAGUUGAUGGACAUUUUGUCACAAGAGGCUAGAACCAAGGAGUUGAUAGAGAGUGUCAGGAUUGUAGCCAAAUGUGGUGUUGCUGCAGGUGGCAUUUUACCUGUAUCUGCUGCAGCAAGCAUAGUGUCUGAUCAGUGGAGCCUUUCCAGCAGUGGUAGGAGUGCUUGUGAUUCCUCCAAGAUUGAUGCAUUAGUGGUUGACAUGUAGUACUACAAUGUAUGAAAAAGAUUAACAACCCGUUUUCACUCUUUCUUUCUGUCUCUACUCUCUUCUUAUUUGGUUACUUAGCUCUUUUUUUAAUUGUCAUAUAUGUUUCUUUUUUGAUUUUGUUUGCUUGUAAAAGUUCAGUUUAGACACAUUCUGUCAUGCAAUAUUGUAUAAUGUCUGUGCAUUAAUUGUAUACUAGUGGUGUUGGCAAGUCCAAGGCACUAAUGUGUGUAUGUAUCUUUGCUAAUUUUUAUUUAUUUUUCACUGUUUGGAAGGGUGCCAAAUCAAC